GGAAUGGGAAGGAAGGAGUAACUAACCAGGGCGUAUGAGGCGAGCCUUUCUGUUUGCUGUACUCCAGGACUCAGCUUUGUGGGCUUUUUAAUUUUUUUUCUUUCUUUUUUUUUCCCCAAAGGACUUCAGAAGAAAUGAAACCAGGAUGUAAAAGCUGAAGAAAUCCAACUGAGGUUCUUCGUUGGGGAGGCUUUCAAAAUGGAUGAUUGGAAAUCAGUUCUUGUUCUUCUCCUUGUAUCCACCUUUGGCACUAUAGAUGCACAGCAGACUGCUUGCAGUAAAGCCACAGUGGCAGAUGUUGUCUUUAUAGUGGAUACUUCAACAAGUAUUGCCCAGGAAAACUUUCAGAAAGUGAAGAACUUCCUCUCCUCCUUGGUCUCAAGUCUUGACAUUGGCCUUGACAUGAUCCGAGUUGGACUGGCCCAGUACAGUGAUGAAGCUUACCAAGUAUUCUUACUGAAUCAGUAUCUAUUGAAAAGUGAUGUUUUGGAUCAGAUUGGGAAUUUGCCAUACAGAGGUGGAGAAACUUACACUGGGAGAGCUCUGGAUUUUGUCAGCACAAGGUAUUUCACAGAAUCUGCUGGUAGUAGAGCAAAGGGUUAUGUCCCCCAGUUAGCCGUUCUUAUCACCAGCGGAGAAUCCAAUGAUGAAGUAGAACAACCUGCCAAGAAACUGAGAUACAGAGGCAUUUCUAUUUAUGUUGUUGGAAUUGGUAUCCAAAAUACAACUGAGCUUCAGCAAAUAGCCAGCAAACCCUUCCGUAGAUAUCUGUAUAGCAUUGGUAGUUUCAAUGACCUUCCAGAUCUCUCCACAAGACUUUUGCAAAACUUCUGCAUUGCGAUUGAAAGCCAGAUACAAGCAUUUGCAAAACGAUAUGCUGAUGUUAUUUUCCUUAUUGAUUCCACGGAGAACAUGAAGCCUUCAACAUCUGAAAGGGUAAAACACUUCAUCUCCCAAGUAGUCCGACAACUAGAUGUUGGGCUUAACAAGUAUAGGAUUGGCCUAGCCCAGUUUAGUGGCAUAGGAAAGGUGGAGUUUUUACUGAACACGUAUGAAAACAAAGAAGAGGUGCUUGAUCACAUUCAGCGCAGCAUUGCAUUCACUGGAGGCUCACUACAGAAUGAAAGUGCCAUAGAGUUUUUGAAGAAAACCUUUUUAAUGAAUGGUGCUGGAAGUCGGCUCAGUGAAGGCACUCCACAGGUUGUUGUGAUCUUCACAUCUUCUGGAUCCAGAAACAGUAUCAUGGAGGAAGCCUGGGUGUUAGAAGACAUGGGCGUAAAAGUUACCUUAGUUGAUGUUGAAUACUUUGACAAGAUAGAAGCAACGGUGAGAGAACCCUCUAGCAAGGUUUAUCAGAUUUAUGAAGUGGAGAGCAUUGACCCUGUGCAACAAAACAUUGUCAAUAACAUAGAAACUUCACUUCAGAUGCUUUACGACCUUGAUUCAAGUGCGCCAGCAGUGUGUUCCAGUGCAACUGUGGCAGAUAUUGUGUUUCUUGUGGAUGAAUCCAGCAAAAUUGGGUCAAAAAACUUCCAGCUGAUUAGAGCUUUUCUGUUAAAAAUUGUUAAUGCCCUUGAUAUUGCUCCAAGCAAUGUAAGAGUUGGGCUAGUGUUGUACAGUAAUGAACCAAGACUAGAGUUCACUCUCGACACAUUCAAGGAUAAACUGGAAAUACUGAACUACCUGAAGAAUUUACCAUAUCGAGGUGGGCAAGCAUAUACUGGAAUAGCGAUUGAAUUCCUGAGGAAUAAGGUUUUCACUCAAGAGGCAGGCAGCAGAAAAAAACAAGGAGUGCAACAGAUUGCUGUGGUUAUCACUGAUGGACAAUCCUUGGAUGAUUACAUUGAACCAGCAUCAAAACUAAGACGUGAAAGUGUUACAGUCUAUGCUGUGGGCGUCAAGAAUAUCACAGAGGGUAGCAAACUUGAUAAAAUUGCAACUUAUCCCCCAAGGAAUCAUGUUACCACCCUGAAGUAUUUCCUGCAACUGUCAAAUAUAAGAUGGAAAAUAAAGAAACAGCUUUGUAAUGAGAUUGUGACAAAAACAUUUGUAGUCCCGCUACAAUCACGAAGUCUGAAGAAAGGUUGUAUGGACACAGAGGAAGCUGACAUUUAUUUCUUGAUUGAUGGCUCUGGCAGCAUAUAUCCAUCUGACUUCAAGGACAUGAAAACAUUCAUGAAUGAGGUUAUCAGAAUAUUCCAACUUGGAGCUAACAAUGUUCGCUUUGGCGUGGUUCAGUACGCAUCUGAGUCAAAGACAGAAAUCAUAAUUGGCCAGCACAGCCAAAUGAUGAGGUUGACAGAGGCAAUUGAGAAUAUUAAUCAAAUUGGUGGAGGUACCAGAACUGGAAACGCCUUAAGGUCUAUGAAGAGUCUGUUCCAAGUGGCUUAUAGGGAAAAUGUUCCACAGAUUCUGAUAGUGAUUACAGAUGGUAAAUCUGAAGACAAAGUGAAUCAGGCAGCAAGAGAUUUAAGACAACAAGGAAUCGUUAUCUAUGCCAUUGGCAUCAAGGAUGCUGUUCAACAAGAGUUGGAGGAAAUAGCAGAGACAAAAAAUAGAAUGUUUUUUGUAAAUGACUUUGAUUCUCUGAAACAUAUUAAACAUGAAAUUGUGCAAGAAGUCUGUUCAACAAAUGUCUGUAAAAAUGUGAGAGCUGAUAUUGUUUUCCUCGUGGACAGCUCGAACAGUAUUCGUGCAGCUGAGUUUCAGAAGAUAAAGGAUUUCAUGCAGUCAUUUGUCAUCAAGGUAGAUGUUGGGCUUGAUAAUGUUCGAAUUGGCUUGAUUCAGUUCAGCUCUGAAAUAAGAGAAGAGUUCCAACUAGACAGAUACAGCACUAUAGCUGAUGUGCAGAGAGCCAUUCAGGAAAUGCAGCAGAUAAAAUUGGGAACACUGACUGGGAAAGCACUGACCUUUGCUGCCUCUUACUUUGAUCGACCUAAAGGAGGGCGUCCUGAAUUGAAACAGUACCUGAUAGUGAUCACUGAUGGAGAAGCCCAAGAUUCAGUAAAAAGCCCAGCCAGAGCCAUACGAGACAAAGGUAUCACUAUAUAUGCUAUUGACAUGCUCCAGGCGAACAAUUCACAACUUGUGGAGAUUACUGGCGCCCAAGACAAAGUGUUCUUUGAGAGUGAAAUGAACUUCUCAGAAAAGCAGAUUCUCUUUGAAAUUUGUAAUCUACAGAAGUUGUGCAAGAGAGCAGAAGCUGCUGAUAUCAUGUUUGUAGUGCAUGGAUCAUCUGGUGUUACAGACCUGCAGUUCAAAAACAUGCUUCAGCUUGUAGAAGCAGUAGUUAACAACUCAGUGGUUGGGAAGGACAAUGUUCAGUUUGGUGUUUUGGUCUAUAGCUCCAAUCCAGAGGUGCAGUUCUCAUUGAAUUCAUAUGCUUCUAAGUCUCAGAUUAGAGAAGCAGUAUUCAGCUUGAAGCCUCUGUCAGGCCAGCCCUUCACAGCCAGAGCUUUGAGUUUUGCCAGGCAGACAUUUGGUGUGAACUAUGGUGGACGUGCAUCGUCUCUUGCUGUCGCUAGGAUCCUUGUUCUCAUUACUGAUGAACCAACAGUGCCAUCAGAUAGAGACAACCUUCCCAUGGCCAUAAGAGCUUUGAAGGAAGAUAAAAUCGUCUUAAUUGCUGUUGGAGUGAGCAAAGCAAGCAGAGAAGAACUUGAAGAGAUUACUGAAGAUCAAAAAAGAUUAUUCUUUGCACAAAGCUAUGAUGCACUAGAAAACAUGCACGAAAACCUUACUCAGACUGUGUGUGAGAGCUCUAAGCCAGUUUGCAGCAAUCAUGUGGCAGACCUGAUAUUCUUGAUAGAUGGAUCAGAAAGUAUAUCAGAAAAUAGUUUUUCCACCAUGAAGACCUUCAUGAAAGAUGUCGUGGACAGCUUUGAUAUUUCUAGGGACAAAGUACGUCUUGGGGUAGUCCAAUACAGUCAAGAACCCCAGAGAGAAUUUUAUCUUAACGAGUUCUAUAGUGACACCAUUAUAAAGGAACAGAUAAACAGAAUUGAGCAACUGAGAUCAUCUACGUUCACUGGUAAGGGACUGAGGUUUGUCCAGAGUCUUUUUGAGCCUGCUAAUGGAGGCCGCAAGAACCAAGGAGUUUCGCAGAACCUUGUUGUGAUUACGGAUGGAUACUCUGCUGACAGUGUGGAUGAUGCAGCCAUGGCUUUGAGAAGCAAUGGGAUACAUGUCUUUGCAGUUGGUGUAGGAAUUGUAAACUCUUUUGAGCUGCUUCGAAUAGCUGGUGAUGCAAGGAGAGUGUUCACAGUGGAGAACUUCAAUGCACUGAAAACAAUCAAGAGCACUAUUAUCAAUGAGAUCUGUGAACCUGAAGACCCGGCUAGCCAGGAUUGCAAUAUAGACCUUGCUAUAGCAAUUGAUAUUUCGAGACAUAUGCAGUCAGCAUCUUCACUGCUUAUGAAACAGAAAUUGCAAACAUUCCUCCCCAGGCUUUUAUUCCAGAUGAAAUCUCUUCCAAGUAUCAGCUGUAACGCUGGCUCUCCAGUCAACAUUAGGUUCAAAUUCCAAGUAUUGUCACAGACCAAACAAUUCCUCUUCAACUCUGAUUUUGAGGACUAUGACGAAGAGAUCAUACAGAAGUUCUUAGAUGCACAAACAGCUGUGGAUACUUACCUGAAUGUAGACUUCUUACAGGCAGUUCAGGAGACGUUUUUUAGUGCAACCUCUGCUAAAGUAAAGGUUCUGCUAGUAUUUUCAGAUGGUCUGGAUGAUUCACUGGAAGAUCUCAGAAAAGCAGCCAAUGCCUUUCGCCUCAAAGGUCUUGAUGCACUUCUCUUAGUUGGCUUGGACAAUACCCAGAACCUGACUACACUUCGUGAAAUAGAGUUUGGCAGAGGUUUUGGAUACAAUGAACCUCUGAGUGUUGGAUUUCCAGAGAUUGCAAGCAUCUUGCAGAGAAACCUUGAUACCGUUGCAGAAAGAAAAUGCUGUAAUGUCAUUUGUAAAUGCCUUGGAGAAACUGGUGAUCAUGGUGGCUGGGGAAAUCCUGGGAGGAAGGGAAGUACGGGUUACAGAGGAUCUCCUGGCCACCCUGGUGACGAAGGUGGGAUUGGGGACAGAGGUCCAGCUGGUUUCAACGGGACUCGAGGAGACAGGGGAUGUGCAGGUGCCAGAGGCCGUAAGGGAUCCAGGGGUCAUCAGGGAAGUCAGGGUGAGCAUGGUGAGAGUGGAUUUGAUGGCAUUGAUGGAGAGCAGGGAGAACAUGGAUCUCCUGGAUUUCCUGGAGAGAAAGGCAGCCCUGGAAAACGGGGCAGGAAAGGACCCAGAGGAGAACCAGGUGAACGAGGAGAACCUGGUCUAAGAGGAGAUCAUGGAGAUCCUGGGAUUGACAAUAAUAUUGCUGGUCCUAAGGGUGAAAAGGGAAAACCAGCAUGGCAGGGAGACCCAGGACCACGUGGACUCCAAGGAGAGCAGGGCCAUGCUGGUCCUGAUGGUGCAGAAGGUCGAAGAGGCGCUCCAGGCAUAAAGGGUGAGCAAGGAGAAAUGGGGGAAACAGGUUACCCAGGAGACCCUGGUCUUCCAGGCCCACAGGGCACGAGAGGACCACAAGGGAUCAGAGGACCUCCAGGACCACAAGGCAUGCCAGGCUCUCAGGCUAGUCUGGGUCCCCCAGGUCUGCCUGGCUCAAAUGGAAAGCCUGGUGCAAGAGGAGCAAAGGGUGAACCUGGUGACCCUGGAGAGAAAGGCCCUGUGGGACCACCUGGACCGAGAGGCAUACCAGGCGUGGAUGGCAGAGAUGUCUAUGGCCCUGAAGGAAACAAAGGAGCAAAGGGGGAGUCUGGAUUCAUAGGGUAUCCUGGUCCAGAGGGAGAAGAUGGAGACCCAGGUAUUUCAGGAGCUAAAGGACCAAAAGGAAUUAGGGGUAGAAGGGGUAAUGCUGGCACACCAGGUUCCCUGGGAGAUCCAGGGGACCAAGGACCAUCAGGACCCAUGGGUGCCAAGGGACAAAGAGGCACUGUUUUAAUGGAACCUUGUGAACUUGUGAAUUUUACACGAAAAAACUGCCCUUGUUCAUCAGAUACAGACAUCUGUCCAGUUUAUCCAACGGAGGUGGUGUUUGCCCUUGAUAUGUCUGAAGGUGUUACUCCAGCUGCAUUUGAACGAAUGAGAAACAUUGUUAUGUCACUGCUGAAGACCAUUAAGAUCAGUGAAAGCAAUUGCCCAACAGGCGCCCGUGUUUCCAUCGUUUCUUUCAAUACCAAGAAUUCCAAAAAACACAACUUGCUUCUACAGGCAGUCCAGAGAAUACCUCUAGAGAGAUCUACUGGAAAACGUAGUAUUGGGACAGCUAUGAGAUUUGUUGCAAGAAAUGUCUUCAAACGGGUUCGUCAGGGCAUCCUCACAAGAAAAGUUGCCAUAUUUUUUGCCAGUGGUCCAUCUCAGGAGGAUGUGGUCGAAAGCACAGCUGUACUUGAGUUGAGCGCCUGGGAUAUCACUCCAGUGGUUAUUGCCUUCACUGAAUUGCCAAAUGUCAGACGUGCCUUCUCAAUUGAUGAUACUGGAAGAUUUCAAUUAUUUGUUUGGGAAAGAAACAGGAUGAAAAUUUGGAGAACAUCACAAUUGUACACUUUGCUUUGUGUGUGGAUACUUGAUGCGUGUGACCUGGUUCAAGAUAGUGGAGAAUGUCAGAAUUACGUUCUGAAGUGGUACUACGAUAAAGAGCAGAAAAUGUGUGGUCAGUUCUGGUAUGGGGGCUGUGGAGGGAACAAAAACAGAUUUGAAACACAAGAAGAAUGUGGAUUCUUGUGUAUAAAGUCUUUCUAG